CAGAGGUUUUUGGAGGGGGGUAUGUGAGGUUGGACUUGGGUGAAACUGAACUCUUUGGGUUUUUUACUCAGUUUGCAGACAACAUGGCUCGGCUGGUGGAGUGUGUCCCCAACUUCUCUGAGGGUCGAAACAAAGAGGUGAUCGAUGCCAUCUCAGCAGCCAUCUCCAGCACACACGGCUGCAGCCUGCUGGACGUCGACCCCGGAGCCUCCACCAACCGCACCGUCUACACCUUUGUGGGUUCUCCUGAGGCGGUGGUGGAGGGGGCGCUGAACGCCGCCCGCCAGGCCUUCAGCCUUAUUGACAUGAGGAAACAUUCAGGUGAACAUCCUCGGACUGGAGCCAUGGACGUUUGUCCCUUCAUCCCCGUCCAGAACGUCAGCAUGGAUGACUGCGUGCACUGUGCCAACAUGUUCGGACAGAAACUGGCAGAGAUGCUGCAUGUGCCCGUGUAUCUUUAUGGAGAAGCAGCUCGAACAGAGACCAGGAGAAGCCUUCCAUCUGUGCGAACAGGAGAGUACGAAGCUUUACCUGAAAAGUUGAAACGUGAUGAAUGGGCCCCCGACUUUGGCCCCGCCCUCUUUGUACCAUCUUGGGGCGCCACGGUAACUGGUGCUCGUAAGUUCCUCAUUGCCUAUAAUGUGAACCUGAUCAGCACCAAAGAACAGGCUCAUCGCAUCGCACUGGACAUCCGGGAGCAGGGCCGGGGGAAGGACCAGCCUGGGCUGCUGAAGAAGGUGCAGGGGAUUGGCUGGUACCUGGAUGAGGCUGACCUUGCUCAGGUUUCCACCAACAUCCUGGACUACGAGGUGACGCCCCUCCACGCUGUGUAUGAGGAGAUCUGCAGAGAUGCGGAGGACCUGAACCUGCCCGUGGUCGGCUCUCAGAUUGUCGGUCUGAUCCCUCUCAAGGCUCUGCUGGACUCUGCUGACUUUUAUAUCCAGAGAGACCGACUCUUCAUCAUUGAAGAGGAGCACAAAGUUCGACUGGUGAUCAGUAAACUUGGCCUCGACUCCCUUGCUCCAUUUAACCCGAAGGAGAGAAUCAUAGAGUACAUGGUGAAGUCACAGGAGGAUGGACAGCUGGUGUCUUUGUCUCUGCGGCAGUUUGUUCAGAGCGUUGGUGCUCGGACAGCAGCUCCCGGAGGAGGAUCAGUUUCUGCAGCAGUCGGUGCGAUGGGGGCAGCACUGGGUGCAAUGGUUGGUCAGAUGACGUAUGGGAAGAGGCAGUUUGAGAAUCUGGACAGUGUGAUGAGGAGGCUGAUUCCUCCAUUUCAUCAGGCCAUGAAUGAAUUGCUGGACAUGGUGGAUGCCGACUCCUCUGCCUUCAACAGCUACAUGGCAGCGCUGAAAAUGCCAAAGAAAACUGCAGAGGAAAUGAAAAGGAGAGAAGCUGCAAUGCAGGAGGGACUGAAACAAGCUGUUGGCGUCCCGUUGGCUCUGGCUGAGAGGAUCAGCGUCCUUUGGCCGUCUCUUAAAGAAAUGGUUGUCUACGGAAAUUUCAGCUGCAAGUCUGACGCUCAGGUAGCAGCUAAAGCUUUAGAAACAGCUGUUUUUGGAGCGUACUACAACGUCACAAUCAACCUCAAAGACGUCAGAGACGAAGCCUUCAGAGCAGCUACUCAGAAGAGAGCAUCAGAGCUGCUGCAGGAAGCCAAAGACAGCAGCGCCGACAUCCUCCAUGCUGCGGAGAAAAGAAACUGAAAAUACUGAAGAAAUAAUUACAGUUUAAAAAAGCUGCACAUGGAAGAUAAUCUGACAAUAAUGUGACUUUAAAUAUUGAAGGGCUGGAUACAAUGAAUGUAUUAGAAGAAAAUGUUCAGAAUAAAAAGGUUACUUGAAGCGGUAAAAGUUUUUA